UGACAACUUCAAUACAGCCAUGAACGUCGUCAAGGAAAUUCAACGGAUUAAUGAAAAGGAAUUAAGCCGAGGCGACUAUUCAGAAACUGGUUCAUGGCACGCACAGUAUAAAAACACAGCCUGGAUCUUUGCGGGCAAUCUAGCCUUCGAUCUCACCGAAGGUGACAUUAUUUGUAUAUUCUCUCAGUUUGGGGAGAUCUUGAAUAUUGAACUUAUUCGCGACAAGGAUACCGGCAAGUCAAAAGGGUUUGCGUUUCUACAAUAUGAGGAUCAACGAAGUACCGUGUUGGCCGUGGAUAACUUGAACGGUAGUAACGUGCUUGGGCGUACGCUACGAGUAGAUCAUUCAUAUGGGCCAAAACCGCGUCGGAUCAAGCAGCCUGAUGGCUCCUAUAUUGAAGAGCCAUACGUUCCCACAAUGAAUGCAGCACCACCCUUGAUAGAAGGUAAGACUAGAGGGACGAAUUACUGGGAUUAUCAGAAAAGGGAGCUAACGGAGCGUUUCUUCAUGCAACUCAGCUAAAGAAUCAGAUUCCCGAGGAGGAGGAUCAGCAGAAAAGGAUGACUAUGAUGUAGAGGAUCCAAUGGCCGCGUACUUCCGAGAUAAAGAACGCAAAAAGAAGGACAAAAAAGACAAGAAAACGAAAAAGAAGAAAGAAAAGCGUCAUCGAAGCAGUCGUUACUCUAAAAGCGAAGAAGAAAGGGAUUACAGUGAUGAAGAUGAUCGAAAACGACGACGAAGACGGGAUGAUUAUUAGAAAUAAAUACGAAAAGAGAGC